AAAGGUAACCCACAAUGCGCUCUUCAAAGUGGCUACUCCCGGCAAGGGUGCUGCUCAUCUACCAGGUGCUGCUCCUUCUCCACCGCCAGGUGGCAGGCGAGGAGAGCCACUGCACCUCGGUGGCGGGAAUGGUAAAGCUGCUCGAUUUGGAGGCGCAGCUGAUCGACAAUCUAGAGGAUUACGCAGUCGAGCUGGAGAAGAAACUGGAGACCGUAAGAAGGAGCAUAACAACUUUGCGUUUGGAGAACGACAAAGCCCGCAGCUCCACGGAGGAGUACCUAUCCAAUCCGCUGAACUCCUUCUCCCUCAUUCGGCGCAUGAAUCGCGACUGGAUUAUUUGGCAACUCUUCUUGGACGAUCCCGUGGGCGUUUCCCAGGUGGAGAGAAUCCAGGAGCUACGGGAACACAUGCCCACCCACACGGAUGUGGAGGAGGCUGUGAGCGCCUUGGAUCGCAUUCAACACACCUAUGGCCUUAAAGUGUCGGAAAUCACCCAUGGACUCCUCAAUGGCAAACAGUACAAUGUGAGCCUCACUGUAUUGGAUACCUAUGCCAUGGCCCAAAUCCUAUUUGACCAGGAAAACUAUUUGGCAGCUGCUAGCUGGAUCUAUCAGUCGGUUGUAUUGAUGGAGGUUUAUUCCCUGGCUGCUCCACUUCAGAUUUCCAAAAACGAAGUGCGAAUGUUCUAUGCUGAAACCCUGCUUAAACUAAACCAGAACGCCGAUGCCCUGAAAGUUGUCAACAUUGCUCUGGCUGAUAACCCGCAAGAUAUUAAACUGUUGCUGAAGAAGUCGGAAAUCGAAACGAUGAUAAGGACGGGCGCCAACAGUGCGCAUCCGGUGAAGGUUCAAGCUCAAGCUCAAACAGCAGAGCCAAGUGCCUACCAGAUGGGCUGCCGAGGUCAGUUCGCGCCGUCCGCGGACAGCAAGCUUCACUGUCUGUACAACAGAACCACCUCGCCCUUCCUGAUGCUCGCUCCGCUCAAGAUGGAACUGGUGGGUCUGGACCCAUACAUGGUGCUCUACCACGACGUGCUCUCUGCCAAGGAAAUCAAGGAGCUGCAAGGUAUGGCCACUCCGGGUCUGAAGCGAGCCACUGUCUUUCAGGCCGCCUCCGGUCGGAACGAGGUGGUGAGGACCAGGACCUCCAAGGUGGCCUGGUUCCCCGAUGGCUAUAGCCCCCUCACUGUUCGUCUCAAUGCCCGCAUCACCGACAUGACCGGAUUCAAUCUCCAUGGCUCCGAGAUGCUGCAGCUGAUGAACUACGGCUUGGGUGGCCACUACGACCAGCACUACGACUACUUUAACACGAUUAACUCCAAUUUGACUGCCAUGAGUGGCGACCGCAUUGCGACAGUACUCUUCUACCUGACGGAUGUAGAGCAAGGUGGCGCCACCGUGUUUCCAAACAUAAGAAAGGCCGUCUUCCCGCAACGCGGAUCCGUCAUAAUGUGGUACAAUCUCAAGGACGACGGUCAAAUCGACACUCAAACCCUUCAUGCCGCUUGCCCCGUUAUAGUGGGUUCCAAAUGGGUGUGCAACAAGUGGAUUCGGGAGCGCGAACAGCUGUUCAGAAGACCUUGCCUCAAAAAGCGAAUGUGAUUCUCAGCGAAACUAUUUUCAGACAGUGAUACUAUACGACCGCAAUGAAACUCAAUAAAGUCAACUAAUCGAUAA